UUCGGUCGUGAACGGACGUGCUUUCGCUGUUAAAACGGAAUCGGUAUCGCGAAACAAAAGAAUAUUGGCAACAAACUUGUUUGAAUCAAAUGGCCAAACGCAAAAAUCGGUAAAGGGCAAAAGGAUAAAUCUUUAACGGACAGUGAAGUGAGCCCGGCACGUGCUAAUUGAAAAUGCAGAAAUAAUACCAAGUGCAGACUGAUAGUUACAACCGAAUCCGAACGGGCCAGUGGUCACGGAACGUGGCAAGUGCAACAGAAGCACAACCGGAAAACACAACGUUAAAGAGAACAAAAAGCAACAGAGAAUUUGAAGCCCGGUGCGAUGCGUAGGAGGCGGGGAACGCCCCUGGGCGUCAGCUGGACGAACUGCGUCCUUAUAUUGUCCACCGGUCUGCUGGUGGUGCUCAUUUCGGUUCAUGCCAAGAACCCCAGGCCCCAUCGAGGACUACCUGCAACCAGGGAUCAGGUGGCGACUGAAAAUGCCCACAGGCGGGAACAUUCCGUGGAUGGCAGUGUCCUACAACGACUAUCCGAUCCAGAGAAGGACAUCGACAGCGAGGAAGAGGGCCUGAAGCACCAUCACCUCCACCAUCGGCAACAAUUCGAUGCGUAUCUGGGCACAAUCCGGCGACUGCGUCGACCCUACCGCAGCAAAUACACCAUCGAGCAGCUGAUGCGCCUGCAUGUGACACCAAAGGUAUCCGGAGACAUUGACAUGGAUCCCUGCAAGGCCGGCGGUUUCAUGGGCGACAUUGCCUUGCCGGAGGGCGAUUCCGGCCCUGUGGUGGCCCACACGCCCAUCGACGACGAGGACCUGGAGCGACAGGAGGUGGAGCAGCUGAUGGCAGACGCCCCGGGUACGGUCCACGACCCCGCUUCCGUUUCCGGUCCGGCUUCUGGGCCGACCAAGUUCAAUGCCACUUUUCAGCUGGAUCUGGAGAAGCUCAAGCAGGAGGUCUACCACGAAGGUCUGCAGGUGGAGGAGGAGGGCCUAACCGACAUCAUCCGCAAGAAGACCAAGCUGCCCAGUUCGGGUCCGGUCAACCUAAAAGCUGGACAGUCCCCAUUGCAGCAGAGUCAGAGUGCCAAUGAACCCGUGAAGCCCGGUUCAGAAUCACCAUCCGAUUAUGCCCAGGCCUCCAGCUACAAGAACGAGGUGCUGCCUCCAUCUGAGCAACGAGUCCAUGCAGACAAGCCUGCCAGGCUAACGCUGGUCGAGAUUGGCUCCAAGUCGGGCAACAAGACGCAGUCACUGCAUCGCAAUGUAGAUACACGAAAGAUUCAGUCGGACAACAAGGACAUCGAGGACGAUUCGGGUAAUAACUUUGUAGCGGAAAGAAGGCCAUCACAUAUUGUGCCCACUUCCCUGCCAGAGCAGCGAUCCACUCCAGCUCAUGUCUAUAGCAAUGCCGGAGGCAAUGGAAUGCAGUUGGACGAUGAGGUGGACUUCUUACAUUCCCGUGGAGUGGUGAGGAGGCGGCACAGACGAGGACCAAAGCAGCGACGCAGCAACCAACAUUUGGAGCACGAGGCCAAGUUGCAAAGAUUACGAGAGGAGCUAAGUCGGCCAGUGGUCGAGGGUCACAACCACCGCCAGACGCAUCACCAAAAGCAGCAGAACCACCAUCACCAACACCACCAGAGCCACCAUCGCAAGAAGCACCGGCGUCAGCACCGACGACGUGGUCAAAGCACCACGCAAUAUGUGAAUCAUUCCCCGCCAGGAUUCAAUCAAUCGGUCCAGCAAUCUGUGUCCGAAAUGGAUUUGCUGAAUGCAGACACGCCCAAGGACGAAGAGCAACUGCGUCAUCGUGUGGCCCGUGCCGUCACCGCCAAAAAGGAACGCAUCUGGGACUAUGGAGUAAUUCCCUACGAAAUCGACGGCAACUUUAGUGGCAUACACAAGGCGCUCUUCAAGUUGGCCAUGCGUCACUGGGAGAACUCCACGUGCAUUAAGUUCGUGGAGCGAGAUCCGGAGAUUCAUCCUAAUUACAUAGUGUUUACAGUGCGCAGCUGCGGAUGCUGUUCCUUUGUGGGCAAGCGUGGCAAUGGACCCCAAGCCAUUUCCAUCGGAAGAAACUGCGACAAGUUUGGCAUUGUGGUCCAUGAACUGGGUCACGUGGUUGGCUUCUGGCACGAGCACACGCGUCCCGAUCGGGAGAAACACGUGGUGAUCGAGCACAAUAAUAUUAUGAAGGGUCAGGAUUACAAUUUCAAUAUGUUAUCGCCGGAUGAAGUGGACUCUUUAGGGAUGGCCUACGAUUACGACUCCAUCAUGCACUAUGCAAGGAAUACCUUUUCGAAGGGCACUUACUUGGACACCAUACUACCCAUUGAGAUGAAGGGACGAAAACGACCGGAAAUUGGCCAGCGAUUGCGCCUGAGCCAGGGUGACAUUGCCCAGGCCAAUUUGCUUUACAAGUGUCCCAAGUGCGGUCGCACCUUCCAGGAAAGUUCGGGGAUUUUUGCAUCACCCUCGCACUAUACGGCAGGAGCUUUGACUAAUGAAACGGAACACUGCGAAUGGCGGAUAACGGCCACCUAUGGAGAAAGAGUGGAGUUGAAACUGGAGAACAUGAAUAUUUUCAAGUCGAACAACUGCGAGACGGACUACCUAGAGAUUCGGGAUGGCUAUUUCGAGAAGUCCCCGCUCAUUGGGCGCUAUUGUGGAAAGGUGGAUGAAAAGAUGGUGAUCCGGACAGAGUCCAGUCGCAUGCUGCUCACCUAUCUGAACACCCACCGCAGCGAGGGCUUCAGGGGCUUUAAAGCGGAGUUUGACGUUGUUUGCGGUGGCGAGCUGUCCGUGGACGAUGCCGUGGGCCGUUUGGAGUCGCCCAACUAUCCACUGGACUAUUUGCCCAACAAGGAAUGCGUGUGGAAAAUAACUGUGCCCGAUAGCUACCAGGUGGCGCUGAAAUUCCAGUCCUUCGAAGUGGAGAACCACGACAGCUGUGUCUAUGACUUCGUCGAGGUACGAGACGGUCCUGCCCAGGAUUCGCCGCUAAUUGGCGUUUUCUGUGGCUACAAGCCGCCGCCGAACAUGAAGUCAAGUGGCAAUUCGAUGUACGUGAAAUUUGUGUCGGACACAUCGGUGCAGAAGGCGGGCUUCUCGGCCGUGUUCAUGAAGGAGGUGGACGAGUGCGAGACCCAGAACCACGGCUGCGAGCACGAGUGCAUCAACACUUUGGGGGGCUACGAGUGCAGCUGCCGCAUUGGAUAUGAACUGCACAGCGACAAGAAGCACUGCGAAGAUGCCUGUGGCGGCGUUAUCGAAUAUCCGAAUGGCACCAUCACCUCCCCCUCGUUCCCCGAGAUGUAUCCUCUGCUGAAGGAGUGCAUCUGGGAGAUUGUGGCCCCGCCCAAACACAGGAUAUCGCUGAAUUUUACCCACUUUGAUCUGGAGGGGACUGCUCAUCAGCAGUCGGACUGCGGUUACGAUUCGGUUACUGUCUACUCCAAACUGGGUGAGAAUCGCUUGAAGAGGAUCGGAACAUUCUGUGGCUCCACCAUUCCGCCCACGGCAACAUCCGAAAGCAAUGCCCUUAGGUUGGAGUUCCACUCGGACAAGUCCAUACAGAGGUCCGGAUUUGCUGCUGUAUUCUUCACUGACAUUGACGAGUGUGCCGUGAAUAAUGGAGGCUGCCAGCAUGAGUGCCGAAACACCAUUGGAUCGUACAUCUGCAUGUGCCAUAAUGGGUAUUCCAUGCACGAAAAUGGCCACGACUGCAAGGAGGGGGAGUGUAAGUAUGAGAUUUCCGCACCCUUCGGCACAAUCUUUAGUCCAAAUUACCCGGAUUCCUAUCCGCCAAAUGCGGACUGUGUAUGGCACUUCAUCACUACACCUGGUCAUCGUAUUAAGCUGAUUUUCAACGAGUUCGACGUGGAAUCGCAUCAGGAAUGCACCUAUGACAACGUGGCAGUUUACGAUGGGGAAUCUGAGUCCAGUUCAGUUCUGGGUCGUUUUUGCGGAGAUAAGAUUCCCUUCCCCAUCUCCUCCACCAGCAAUCAGAUGUACAUGGUCCUCAAGACGGACAAGAACAAGCAGAAGAACGGAUUCACGGCAUCUCAUUCGACGGCCUGUGGAGGUUAUUUGCGUGCCACCAGCCAAGUGCAGCAGUUCUACUCACAUGCCCGGUUUGGUAACCAGGACUACGACGAUGGCAUGGACUGCGAGUGGACCAUCGCGGCACCGGAUAACAGCUAUGUCCAGCUCAUAUUCCUCACCUUUGACAUCGAGAGCAGCGAAAACUGCACCUUCGACUAUGUGCAGGUGUUCUCUGACAUAGACGACGUGUUCGGACAGUAUGGACCCAUGUACGGACAGUACUGUGGCAAUGUGCUUCCGCAGGACAUCAACUCGAUGACCCACUCCUUACUGGUUCGCUUCAAAACUGAUGGCUCGGUGCCAAUGAAGGGAUUCUCUGCCUCUUACGUGGCAGUGCCCAAUUCCGGGGAAUACGAUCACUCCGACGAGGAUGUGGAGAACUCUUACAGUUCCGAGGCGGUCACACCGUUUCCGGGUUCCUUGAAGAGCAUGUACAUCGAGGACACGCAGGAGGAGACCGACGAGUACAGUGACUUCAGCGGGAAUCAACUCGUUUUCAAUGGACAGUACCGGGGUCGCUAUAGUUUGCCCAAUCGAUACUACUCCGGAAAGGCAUAGAGUAACGUCGGGAUUACUGACCGGGCGCUAAAAUUCAUGACAAUAUAUUAAAAACGGAAUUUAUUUAACAGAUUUAAGCAUAUCGUGGCGUACAUAAAAAACAAGUUUCUCGAUCUUCCACGCGCACUCUUCUGGGAAGACCUAGAAGGAUAUAAUCAAGAAUCUCGUCUAGGUCCAGGCGAUCCAAUACUAGUUUUAGGCACUCGAAAACAAAACGUUAGGUUCCAGCAGCAAGUCAGCUAAGAUCUGUGGUGGCAAUUACUUAGACCUAUGACAUACAUGUAAUGUACUUUGAUUAGACUUCUCUAGACUCUUUAGCUAAAUGUGCAAUUUCCCCUCCUUUUGCAUUUCACUGAUCUAACUCUGAAGCAUUUUCUUCUCGGACUUCUAUUUUAAUGUGCCAUAUUUAAUGGUGCAGCGCAUUUCGUUAAGCAUCUUAGGAUAAGUCGAUGGUCGGCCCAUAUCAAAAUCGGAACGGAAUUUAGGAUAGCACAGAGAUAAACACAUAUCUUCGGAUGCACCGAAAGUGGAAAAUCCUUGUAGAUGGAUAAUGAAGAAUCGGAAUCCUUUAAUGUGAGGACACACUGAACUUUUCACGCAGACAUAUGUACAACUCUUGGAUAUUUGACUCAACUUAAUACGUAAUUAAAUCUAUACAUACAUACUAUUAAAACUUGCAUAGUAACUAUGUUUUAAAACCAAAA